CAGUGGUACCCCGCAGGCGCAGAACUCAAUCGCAAUGAAGGGAAACAAAAUGGACGGAGUGUAGUGACUACGUUUAAAUGAUCUAAAUAUUGUCAGACCUUUGAAAAUCACUCGCUUUGAAUCUCAACAGUAUUUAAAAUUGAAAUAUUACAGUUUUUGUUAUUCGAUUAAGUAGAACAUUAUCGCUAAUUACUCGUUUUUUUAAUAUCGUGCAGUUCUUUGAAAAUAUGGUAUCCAUUUUGUGAUCAAUCGUAUUGUGUGGCGCUUACAAAUAAGAUGGGUCAUCUAAUCCAAUCUUGGACCAUACAAUACCAACUUUUUUUAAUUCACUCUUAAUUGAGUGAUGGACUCAUAUAACUUAUUUGGUGAUGAUGGAAGCGGUAUGUUGGAAGGACUUACUGAUCUCGGUGGAGCAGACACCUUUGCUGGUAGUUCUACAUCUGGAGUAACAGGCGAUGCUAAAGACUCAACGGAAAAUAGUUAUAGGCAGCCAUAUAAUCCCAAUAGUGUGGCCCAAGAAGGAACAAUUCAAAAACUGGCAUCGUUUGGGAGUGGUGGUGCAGGUGGAAUAACUGGUAGUUCACAGGCUGUGCCAAAUCCUGGUCCAGGUCCGCCGGGGCCCGAGUACCACGACUAUGGCAGCUAUCCGCCACGACCGCGCCUUCCUCAACCAACGCAUGCUCCUCUCCAUCCGUCGCAUCACGUACACCCCUCACAUUCAUACCCAGGCUAUCAUCCUGGGCCAGAGCCUAUGUAUACAAUACCAGAACAAGGUAUUGGAGAUAUGGGAGUAUGGUCAGGACCACCAGGAGCUAAUAGAUACUCGCCCAUAACCCCAGGAUACAGACAUUCAUACGAACAUCAACAGAAGAUACACCAAUAUCCACCUCAGCAGUCUGCUGGUAUUGGCGGUUUGCAGUCACAAAAUGGCACAUACAUGCCACGACAACCUCACUUUCCUCAACCAACAUCUCAACAAUUAUAUGGACAGCAGCAGAACUAUCCCAAUUACACUCAAAUGCAUCCUCCAGCUGCUACAAGGAUUUCUCAGCAUCCUGCUUAUCAUCAACAAAUGGAUGUAAAUGCCCACCAAUAUGGUUUAUCACACAAUCAGCAAAGUCAUGGUGCAAUACAACAACACCAACCCCAUCAAAGUAUGCCGAGUCACACAGGAGGCAUUGGACCUGGAAUUCAAAGUCAUCCAAACCCUCAUCUGCAUCAUGCAGGAGCUCCUCCUUUACAUCAUGUUCCCCGACAACCACAAGUGCCUCCUUCUUCGGUCGGACCUUCACAUGCUGUUCCAUCUCAAAUGCCUUAUGGGUCUCCACAUCAUUCUGUCCCCAUGACUUAUCAACCUCAUCAGGUACAGCACCCAUUGGAUGUAAAUGUUACAAAUCAAUAUGCUUCUGUGAAACCUGGUGGUAUUGAAACUGGUAGUCCUCAGUAUCGGCCGCCUUUUCCUCAGUUAUCACCGCAAAUGUCCCCAAGAGCACAGGUGUCGCCAAGACAACAGCCACAGCUCUCACCACGACCUAUUAUGUCUCCUGUAAAAGGACCCAGUGCUUCACCUCUUAACUCACGCAAUAUUGUUCAGUCCCCAGCUACAUCAGGACCUUCCCCUGUGUCUGGUUCAUUUACUUCUCAAAAUACUCUUCAAGCGUUAGAACAAAUGGUUUUGCCAGCAAGUGGAGAGUAUCCAUUUCAACGUAAUCCCGCAUCACCGGCUGUUGGUCAUAGUAUGGUAUCUUCUCCGACGCAGUGGAAUCAAUCUAAAAUUCCAACUCCAAUUAGUAAUUUACAAAUAGAAAGCACUGAACAAGUUACAAAAUCGUUGGAUAUAUCAUCAGUGCCAUUACAAAAACCGGAUCAAAUAAAAACAAGUCCUAUUUCUAUUUCAAACUCUGAAAGUAAAAUUAUAGAGAAAAUAGCAUGUGAUGCUGAUAGAGUUUCGGAAGAUAAUAAUCCCUCAAGAUUUUUGACAAACACCUCUAAAGAAAGUACGAUACUAAGUUCAAAUAAUUCAACAAUAACAACAAUAACAACAACUCCAACCAACUGUGUAACUGUCUCUGCUGCAAAUACUGAUCUUAAAGAAAAUGUAGCCCACAUUCACCAUUCCAAUGAAAUAUAUGAAAAUUUGGAAAAGUCUAAGGAGGAAAGUAAAGUUGAUAUUGUAUUGAAUGUUGAAAAUAAAUUAGAUACUACACAAAAUGAAAGUAUGAUAAACCAAAAUAGCGAGUCUCGCAAUCAAAACCCUCACCUUUCAUCUUCAGUGAAUGUUGAUACUACUAGUGAACAUGUUUCGAAUAGCUCAGCUCAACAAACAACAUCAAAAAGUUCAACUAGCCAUACACCAAGUAUUAACGCAGGAAACAAUAAAUAUGAUAAUAAUACUUCAACAUUAACUGUGUCAAGAAAUCAAGGAUAUCAAACUGGUUCUUUUCAAAAUGUACAAAAUAUGAUGACACAAGGAAUAGCACCAAGUGCUGUGACAAAUAUUCCGUCUAGCAUGCAAAACAACCAAAACAUAAACGUUUCUCCAUCAUUCCAAACUGGCCCACAAUUGCCUUCGACAACGAUACCGAACAUUCAAAGCAGUAAUCAGCCAUCACAUACAAAUCUUACUAAUACAGUGUCGUCGAGUGUGCCUGGUCACAAUCCUCAAGGUAAUAUCACUUGCAUUCCUCCUGCUGUACCAAAUAUUUUAGGAAAUAUACAGCAGCCUCUGCAUAAUUCAAAUACUAUGACUAGCAUACAAGGCAGUGUUCCUACAACUAUACAGAGUAUGCAAGUUGGAAUGCCAAUGAAUGCCCAAAAUAUUCAUGGCGCCUUAGGUCCCAAUAUGCCUUCGAACCAACCUUCCGUAGUACCUAAUGUAUCCCAUAAUGUAAACCAAAAUAUGAUUAUUAUGGGGUCGAACAACAUACCUCAUCCAAGUCUGUAUACAGCAACCCACCAUCAAGAAAUAACAUCGUUGCAACAGCAAAUACAAGAAAUAUAUUGUUUACCGCCGUCAAAUGAAAAUAGGGAAAAGGUCAGAUGUUUUCAAGACAGACUUUCCAUGCUUCAGCAUCAUGAAACUAAUGAUAAGUGCAGCGGCGGUCCAAAUUGUGUUCUACAAAAUCCAAUUUAUGGAUCUAAAAUGGUUGAAAGUCCUCAGGUAACAAGUACCACGGGUCGUGGACGAGGAAAAGGCCCUGCUAAGCCUAGGAAACCACGAGCUAAAAAAGACAAAUUGACGCCGACGCUACAACCUCUGGAUCUAUUACCUGUGUCAGAAGACUGUGUGACUGCAGGCACAGGGCUGCAAAGUCAUUCUGAGAUAGAUGCCGAACCUACUGAUGAAAUUGCAAAUUUAGAUAGUAGUGCUUUAUCGAUUGAUGAUAUUCCUACUGAAAAAGUAAGAAAGCAAAGAGGACCACGUAAAGGUAAAGAAAGAAAACCUCGUACGCCUAAAGAACCCAAAGUAGGUAAAGAUUUAGAAGGCAAACCGGUAAAAGAAAGAAAAAAACGUGAACCUAAAGAUCCAAACGCACCAAAGAGAAGACGAAAUGUCAAAAAGGGUGUAUCCGAGAUUUAUGCGGACACUACAACAUGUAAUGAUCUUUUAGAAACAGAUAAUAUAAAAAAAAACAUAAAAGAUCACACUUUUAAUGAUAGUGUUACAGCCAUAGAUAUUACCAAAACGAAUAUUUCUAACCAAGAAGUUUCAUUAGACGAGUCAAAUGUUACAGAUUUUGAUGAUAUUCCCGUUUCUAAAAUAGCUAUUAAAGAAUUAUUAGAAGAGGCUGAAGCAAAAAAAGAUCUUAUUGACCGAGAUGACGAUCUAGAUAGUUUUAAUCAUAAAAAGAGAUCAUCUAAAAAAAGAACUAGUGGUGCAAAUAGUUGUAAAAAAUUAGGUACUAGAAGGACACCAAGUGGUAAGAGGAAAAGAAGAGGGGGAUUAAUACCUGAUUCUGACGGAGAACCUGAUGAUUUGGUGACGACGCCCCCUCCUUCACCUCCACCAGAAGGUGAUGACAGCUUGAAGCGUCGCUCUGCGCGGAAUACUCACCGUAAAAAAUACACAGAUGACGUGAUGCUUCGCUUAUCCGAUGAUGAAUUUUCAAUGGCAGCCCCUAAACAGGAAAAAGAAUUUGAAGACUUAAGCCUUGAAACAAAAGAUGCACAAAAUAAGCCGGAAGGAACACCUAAACCAAACUAUAUAUAUGUUAAUACCACUGAAGAGGACUCGAUGAUAGUUCAGCAUGUGUUAGCUUGUCGCAUGGGAAAAAGGGAAAUGAAAUUAGACGUAUAUCUUAGUGAAAAGACAGUAAAACCUGAUGACAAUGAAAAAGUUGAAGUGCCAAAAGAAAUAGAUGAAAACAUAGAAUCUCUCAAAGUAAACGCUGAAAUUACAAAAUGUCAAGCCACAGAAGUUACUGAAAAUAUUGAUGUAACCAAUAAUGCGCCGCAAGAUGAAGAAGUCCAAAAAAGAGAUGUUGAUAAACCUGAUUUGGAAAAAGAAAGUAGUAACACAAAACCUGUUAUGGUAGAUAUUGAGGAGUAUUUCGUUAAGUACAGGAAUUUUUCGUAUUUACAUUGUGAGUGGAAAACUGAGGAAGAACUUUACAAGGGUGACAAACGAAUAUAUUCUAAAAUAAAACGGUUUAAACAAAAACAGGCACAGCAAAUGAAUAUAUUUGAAUUGCUGGAUGAUGAGCCUUUCAAUCCAGAUUACGUUGAAGUUGAAAGAAUUUUAGAUAUGUCUGAAAAUCAAGAUCCAGCUAACAAUACAGUUGUUAAACAUUAUUUGGUUAAGUGGAAAAGCUUACAAUAUGAGGACAGUACGUGGGAGCUCGAGGAAGAUAUUGAUGUAGAUAAAAUACGACAAUAUAAGAUUUUUAGUGAAAAUCCAACAAAAGAGAAAUUGAAAUUUAAGAAGCGCCCAUCAGCUGAUCAGUGGACCCAAUUAAAGGAAUCUCCAUUGUAUAAAGGUGGAAAUACAUUAAGGCCAUACCAGCUGGAAGGAUUAAAUUGGUUACUUUUUUCAUGGCAUAAUAAUCGUAAUUGUAUUCUAGCUGAUGAAAUGGGAUUAGGAAAAACAAUUCAAAGUUUAACAUUCGUCAACUCUGCUUGGGAAUAUGGAAUAAGGGGACCAUUCCUUAUUAUUGCUCCACUGUCAACUAUUCCUAAUUGGCAGCGAGAAUUCGAAGGUUGGACUGAAAUGAAUGUAAUAGUCUACCAUGGAUCUCAACAAAGCAAAAGUAUGAUUCAAGAAUAUGAAUUUUACUAUAAAAAUGAGAAAGGAGAACCAAUUAAAGAAAUAACAAAGUUUAAUGUUUUAAUAACAACUUUUGAAAUAAUUGUGACAGAUUUUCAAGAGUUAAAAUCUUUUAAUUGGCGAUUGUGUGUUAUAGACGAAGCUCAUAGGCUCAAAAACCGAAAUUGUAAAUUAUUGGAAGGGUUAAGACAAUUACAUCUAGAACACAGAGUUCUCCUAUCUGGGACACCUUUACAAAAUAAUGUAAACGAAUUAUUUUCACUGUUAAACUUCUUAGAACCAUCACAAUUUUCGAGCAACGAAGCCUUUUUAACUGAGUUUGGUCAACUUAAAACCGAAUCUGAAGUUCUUAAAUUACAAGCCCUUCUUAAACCGAUGAUGCUAAGACGUUUAAAAGAAGACGUUGAAAAAACACUAGCCCCAAAAGAAGAGACAAUAAUCGAGGUCGAAUUAACAAAUAUACAGAAAAAAUAUUAUAGAGCAAUAUUGGAGAGAAACUUUAGCUUCUUGCAAAAAGGCACAACAUCAGCAGCAAAUAUACCCAACUUAAUGAAUACUAUGAUGGAGUUAAGAAAGUGUUGUAUCCAUCCGUAUCUUUUAAAUGGUGCAGAAGAUCAAAUACAAUUUGAUUAUAAACAAGCUAAUGGAGAAGACAAGGAAGCUUAUUAUAAGGCUCUUAUUCAAUCCUCUGGAAAAAUGGUUCUUGUUGACAAGUUAUUACCAAAGCUUAAAGCUGGAGGGCACCGGGUUCUAAUAUUUAGUCAAAUGGUGAGAUGUCUAGAUAUACUAGAAGAUUAUCUGGUAUUCAGAAAAUAUCCCUUUGAACGCAUUGAUGGACGGAUAAGGGGAAACUUAAGACAAGAAGCUAUUGAUAGAUUUUCAAAACCAGAUUCCGAUAGAUUUGUGUUCCUUUUAUGUACUAAAGCUGGUGGUCUUGGAAUCAAUUUAACUGCUGCUGAUACUGUUAUAAUAUAUGACAGCGAUUGGAAUCCGCAAAAUGAUCUACAAGCUCAAGCCAGAUGUCACCGAAUUGGGCAACAAAAAAUGGUAAAGAUAUAUAGAUUGAUCUGUAGAAAUUCAUAUGAGAGGGAAAUGUUUGAUAAAGCAUCUUUAAAGCUUGGGUUGGAUAAAGCUAUUUUACAAAGCAUGAAUACUACCACACAGGGAAAAGAAACUGGUGUUAAACAGUUAUCAAAGAAAGAAAUUGAAGAUCUAUUAAAAAAGGGUGCUUAUGGUGCUGUGAUGGAUGAGGAUAAUGCUGGAGACAAGUUUUGUGAAGAAGACAUUGAAAUGAUUUUAGCUCGUAGAACACAAGUCAUUCAAAUGGAGUCUGAAAAGGGAUCCACAUUUUCUAAAGCUAGUUUUGCAUCUGCAGAUCAAAGAUCAGACAUUGAUAUAAGAGAUCCUGAUUUUUGGAAUAAAUGGGCUAAAAAAGCAGAGAUAGAUACUACAGAAAAGAAAGAUGAUGAAGAUUUAAUAGUCACUGAACCAAGAAAAAGAACUAUUAUUAAAAGAUAUGGUCAUGAUGAUGGUCCAAUGGAAAUGUCUGACAUGGAAGUUACACCAGAUUCUGAUGAGGAUGAAGAAGGUAUCAGUCUAAGGAGUAAAAGGAAAAAAGAUAAACUAGGUCGAAAAGGACGAAGAUAUGCUAGCGACGAUUAUGUUCCAAGACACGAGGGAGUUCCGAUAGAUGAGGAAGUUGUGUACGGAUCUUGGACUAGGUCAGAGUGUUUCAAGAUAGAACGUGGUCUCCUUACAUUUGGAUGGGCGCGAUGGGAAGAGAUAUUAGAUAAAAACCAAUUUAGAAAAGGAUGGACUUUACCAGUUAUUGAAGACUGUGCACGUAUAAUCGUAUUGUAUUGCUUACGACAUUACAAAGGUGACGAAAAAAUCAGAAAUUUUAUUUGGGAUCUGAUUGAGCCCUGUGAAAAUGGUGAGGUGACCAUCUCAAGGAAUCAUAGUGGGCUACACAACCCCGUACCUCGAGGCAGAAAUGCUAAGAAAAAGAAUAGACUAAAAGAUGUGCCCAGGGUGACGGAUACCCAGAAAUGGGAGGAUACUAAUCACUGGAGUUCCAUUGAUAAAUAUGACUGUGAAGCAUACUUGGAGAGCAGCUAUAAGAAACACCUAUUCAGACAUGCCAACAAGUCAGUAGUUUUAUUGCGAGUUCGUAUGAUGUAUUAUAUAAAACACGAAGUUAUCGGUGACUAUGCAACCCAAAUUGACAGUGGCUGCCAUGCUAGCACCAUGGGCAUGAGAGUGCCACGCGGGGUGGAUAGCGCACCGCCGCGUCUCUGGUGGGACGCGGAGUGUGAUGUUUCGCUAUUGGUCGGUACCUACAAGCACGGCUACGAAAACUACUUAGCCAUGCGCUCCGACCCUCAGCUGUGCUUUGUUGACAAGCUUGGCCCGCCGGACGACGCUGAGUGUACAGAUAUAAAGAGCGAGGAGAGGAAGAUUCGUGGCAGCGUGGCUGGUGACGAAGAGUGCACGGACGACGUGUCGAGUGGAGCGGGAGCAGCUUCGCCCGCCGCUUCGCCCGUCGCGUCACGCGCCGCAUCGCCUGCCGCCUCGUCCGCGUCGCGCGCCGACGACGACGCGCCCACGCACCUGUGGCCCUCCAUGCAGGAUCUCAACACGCGCCUGCGUCGCCUCAUCACGGCUUACCAGCGCAACUACAAGCGCGAGGAGCUCAAGCUACAGCAGAGAGCAAAGAUGGAACGUCGAGAGAGAAUGGACCAACUCGCCAGAGAUGAAAUUUCACAAUGGCGUUGGACACGCGCUGACGAAGAAGCCUUCCGUCGAACUGUCGCUUCUUACGGAGUAGAGUUUGAUCCUGCCACUAAGAGCUUACGUUGGAGUCGGUUUAGAUCACUGGCUCGGCUUGACUCUAAAAGCGAUGACGCUUUAACUGAUUAUCUGAAGGCGUUCAUGGCUAUGUGUAAACGACAAUGCGGCCUCUCAGUCGGAGAGGCUGAACUACCGACAAGGGCGGACUUGAAAGCAGAACCAAUCGGCGAAGAACGAGCGAUCGCUACACUAGAGAGAAUCGACCUACUCCGCGUGCUGCGCGAAGAGGUGGCGCCGCACGCCGCACUGGAGGCGCGUCUGGCGCUGUGCGAGCGCUCGCUUGACGCGCCGCCCUGGUGGCAGCCCGCGCGGCACGACAAGCUGCUAGUGCUGGGCGUGUGCAAACAUGGAUUGGGAGAUACAUAUAAUAAAUUAUUCUGCGAUCCGAAACUUCCUUUUGCCGAUUGUGCUAGAAAAUGGAAUGCUAAAUUUAAGAGUGGAAUACAGAGUGAUUCGCAGAAAGCUGGUUCUGACGAGGAAGACAAGGGUGUCUCAGACACAGCCGCAGAGCCGAGAAUGUCACUGCGACGUAGCAAGCGUACGUCAAACGUCCAAGACCGGGACCCCGAAGAGGACACGGACGCUCUCUCCGAACUAGAGACAUUGGCGAAACUGGGUAGAAUAGAUGAAACUCUGACGCCAGAGCAUUGGUUUUCAGAAAGAGCUCUAGAAACGAGGCUCCAUCACAUAGCUCAUGCAGUUCAGAACUGCGAAUGGCCUUCCGCCUCCACGGCGACGGGCCCGACGAAGACCAGUGAUGGCACGAGUGCACCAAUGGAAUCAAUGGACGAUCGUAAACAGAGUCAAAAACGACACAUCGCAAUCGACGUUGAAACUGAACGCGCUAAAUUACACGCAUUGCUCUCGUCGCCUCAGGCUGCACAUUCUUCGUCUCGGGAGACGCAUAGAUCAAUGGUUGAGCGUGACGACGCAUCUAGCGACUCUGGCUCGCGGCGCUCAACACCUGCGCCGCCUCCUGCGCAUCAAAGAGUGGCGCCGUCGCCCGCGCCCGCCGCUCCGCCCGCGCCUGCUCCUGCUCCGCCUUCGCCGGUGGUAACUGCGCCAGUUGAUCUAUCGGCGCCACUCGAUCUCAGCGAAGCGCAAGACUUUUCCAUGGGUCGCCGCACUCCGCAAGCUGAAGCGCAGGCAGCUCCCGCUCGGAGUCGUCUUGAUGAUUCAAUCACUAGAAUGAUGAAAAGGAAAAAUGUGCCUGCGCCGGAACAAAUAACCACCAAGGAAAAGAAAAGGAAAAAGCUAGAUGAAAUUGUCCUUGGACUCUCUGCUGCUAAAGGACAAAGUCCAACUUCUUCGGUUUCGUACGAUCCUCCAAAAAAUAAAAGUUCCUCAGUAUUGCCAGAAGUUACGGUUACUCCGGCGGCACCUCCUAAUAGCACCGCUGUGACUCCAACUCAAAAACCUUUUUCUGUGACGGUUACGAAUGUUCCUUCGCCACAUGCCUCAUCCAAAGAAUUAUCAUCCUUCUUACAACAAUCUCUUGAACAAAACAACAAACCACAAAAAACUUCAUCUUCUGCUACACCUAAACCGUACUCGCAUGAAGCUAAAGUAAAUAAAUGGCUAGCCGAGCAAGCCAACGUAGAUACGCGCCGACGCGGCUUACCACCGCGCCUCGCGCCCGACGAACAUGUGCCUGUGGUUCACCGUGUAACAGGAAAGCGAUUAAUGGGUCAUAAAGCACCACAGUUGAAACAUUUAGCACAGUGGAUUGCAGAGAAUCCGAUGUAUGAUAUUGACUCAAAAUGGACAGAAGGUAUAAAAGAACAUGUAAAGUUGCCUCAAGAUGUGCGCAAUCCAAGACAUUCUCCAAUGCAGCCAACAAGCUCUGUACCUGAACGUAAAAAGGGCAGACCACCUACCCUCGAUUCCACAUCCACUAAUGUUUUAUCUUCGAAUACACACUUAAAUCAAAAUAUGUCUGGCUUAAAUCCUGCACUUCUUGCAAGCUUAUCAAGUUUGAGUGCAUUUGACCCGAAAUCGUUAGCUGCAACAUUAUCUAAUCUAACUGGGUUCGACCCGAAAUUACUUUCAAGUUUGAGUAGUUUUGACCCUAAAAAUAACCCAUUAUUAAAUUCUUUCAAUAGUAUGCCAAAUUUGCUCGGAAAUAUGUCAGGCGGAAAUAUAUUUGCAAACUUAGCAGGUUUAGGACUGCCUGGAUUUCCUUCUCUUGACAUGAAUACUCUAAGUUCUACCAGUACUUCAGACAAUAAAACUAAAGCGAGAAAACCAUCUGAAACAUCAAGCGCAUCCUCUUCAAAAUCAGCAAAUUCACAAUUUCCAUUUGUAUUUCCAAAUCCAAAUAUGCUGUAUCCCCAACUAGGACUGAGUGGUCUAUCUCCAUUUGGUGUUCAUUCCGGAAUGUCCUCUGCGUAUGAUGCUUUAGGACUGUUAAGUGGAAAUUUGGCAGCAAGUUCAAGUUCAACUACAUUACAUAAUUCAAGUCAUAGUUCGCGCGGUAACUCCAAAACAACAGCUGCUAGGUCGUCAACAGUUACUACUACUUCUUCAGCAUCUCGACAGCUAAAAGGCUCUGAUCGUGCUCAGCCAAGUCACCUUUCACAAAUCCUAUUGCCACCAGAUCCUUAUUUAUUGGAAUCUUUGUCCAAACAAACUUUAAAUUAUGAUGCUGCAUUGAAAGCUGAAAAGAGAUCUCGUGAUGGUGAAAAUCAAGAAGCAGCAGCAACGGAUUUAUCUAGGGCAGACAAAAAGAAACUUCCUUUUGAUCCUUUGCGGUCCCAGAUGCCUCCUGAAUUUGCAGCUGUCCAAGAAAAGCUAUUGAAAGGGGAUAAAAAGGAUAUAGAUAUUAGUAAAAUGCUAUUGGAGCAAAUGGCUUCAGGUGCAUUGAGUGCUAGUCUCGUUAGUUCUACUGAAGCCAAAAAAUCGAAAGAUCUAGAAAAAGAUUAUGAAAAACUGGGAAAGCCACCUGAAUAUUUAUCACGCAUGUCUACCGAUGAGAGUUCAAGCAUUUCUAUGGCUCAUAAAAGAACUUUGGAUGAUAUAAGCAAUGAACCUGAGAAUUUGGCUAUACAAUCGAUUCCGAAGAAACUAAAGGAUAAUUCAUCUGAAUUAAUUAGAAACAUUGAUAAACGAUCAGACACGACAAAUACAAGUGAAAUGGAUCUAGAGGAUUUAAUAGCUCCGUCUACGGUUAUAAAAACUGGCAUGAAAGCUAGUGAUUUCGAAAUAAAUCGCACAGCCGAAUCAGCUACAUCUUUAAUUGUUUCAAAUUCUGAUAGGGAUGAUAAAGUUCAUCAGAGAAUUUCUAGUCCUCGUGAAAAAGACACUAAUAACGAUUCUGAAAGUUUAAAAAGAAACGAUUGUUCCAUCAAUAUAGACAAUGACAGCAGGGAGGACAACAUGGAUGACAUGAAUGCUGGCGACAUAUCUUCCACUGAGGGUGGUCGUAAAGGUAUGCGAAAGAAAGGGCGAAAGUCAUCUGAAGAAUCUACACUAGGGCCAAGACGUGAACUUAGAUCGAGCGCUGGCCGACAAUCAACGGAGUCAAUAAAUCACUAACUAAAGUCCUGAUUUGGUUAAUAUUUAUUUAAAAAGUUAUGUGUAUACAUAAAUACAAUAUUUUAUAUUUAGAAUAUCGGAUAAUUUUAAGAGAUCAAUUAUGUUUCGAUUACUUUUACCUGAUGUAUUAUGUAUAAAAAUCAUGUAUAACGUACGACUAGCCCCACUUUAAACCAAACGAGAAAAUUUUAUCGGCCGAAACUUUCUGUAAAAAAUCAGUUAAAACAGUUCUGUAAAAACUUAUUAAAUAGCUACAAUGUGGCAAAUAUAAAAUUAGAAGAGACUAUAUAGCUCUAGUAAACUCGUUCGAUUUCGAUCAAGUAGGUUCAACAUUUUCUUUUUAGGUAUCUCUUUUUAAAUAAUGAUUAUUAUUUUUAUAAACGUUUAUUGAUACAAAGUUUCGAAGUCGGUGUCAAUCCGCUUUUAAGCAAAAAAAAUAUUAGACUACUGUAGUUGUAGACUACUCUAGCGUUAAAAUAACCUUCAUGCCCUUUUGAAAUCGACACCGAUUUUAUUUAAACAAUAAUUGUAGUUGUAUGAUCUACAUUAAAAAUUAUCAUGUAUUUAAUAUUACAAGACUGGUAAAAUCGUUAAUUUUUUUUAUUGAUUGAUGCUUUUGUGGCUUGAGCUAUGAGAUAAUUAUCGUAAUUCUCUUAAUUGAUUGAAAUAAUAUCCUAUUAUGGAGCUGUUCUUAGUAUUGAAUUUCGCACGUCACUAUGCACUGUUUAUUAUUUAUGCGAACGGUUUUAAGAUAUUUUUUGUACCCAUCUAUAGCAUUUCCCAACCGAAUGCAGAUAUUAAUUUUGUGGUAGAUGCAGGCAGUUCUAUAUUCAUUUCAAUUUUACAUUGCACCACAUUAUUACAAUGCUUAAAAAUGUUUACAUCUAUACGUAAAUAAUGUAAUAAAAUAUGGAUUUCUUUCCUAUCAAAUACUAAGUGUAUGCUUUUUGAGAUCUCGAGAAUGUACGCAUGUUAGCGCGAGUUAUAAUAAGAAUUUAAAUUCUUAAAGGAUUCUGUUAAGUUAGAUUAAUGUUAAGAAUUUUUAGAUAAUUCUUAUGAAUAAAAGUAGAUAAAUAGAAAAGUUAAUUUGUACCUAAAUUUGAUUAAUUCAAUUUUUAUAUGUAUAUUUUUUCAUAAGUCAAUCGCUGAAUGUGAUAAAAUUAUUUAUUACAUGUAUUCUUAUUAAUUUGCAUAGCUGUAUUGAUGAUGAUUGUAUGUAGAUAAUAGUAAGAUGACAUAAUUCGUAAAAAUAAAUUUUGAAAAUUA